AUGUCUUCAGCCUGGAAGACUCCCCGUGGAUCAGAUGCAAUGCCUGAGAUCAUGGUGAAAAUCAUUGGAAGUAAACACUUUCGAUACCUCGUGGAGAAGCCAAAGAUCAAGGAGAAUGAGAAUUUGAAAACAGAAACCCAAACAAUGCGCCAGAAACCAGUGACUGAUAAUGCAAGGCAGAUGAGCAGAGACCCCCCAGCUCCCAUUAACUUCACUGAUCAGCAAACCAGUUAUAAUCCAGAUGAUGUGAAAGAGAACAAGCACCCAGAGAACAACCAGAAAUCAGAAAACAACCAGAAACUACUAACAGGGGCACACAGUAGCAGAUUCCUGGAUGGCAAAAUUCCCAGUCAGACAAAUGUCCACUGUAGCUCUGUACCAACCGGAGACCAGUCCCUAUCCUAUGUGCAUGGCGUUCCCAGGAGAAAGCUUAGAGACUGGUCCUUGGAACAGAUGGUAAGAGGCGGCUCUGACCAACCUGAGGAUAUUGGCCAGAGGCCGAGUGGGACAACAAACGAAGACACUUUUCUUCUUGCCCUGGUCAGAAGAGAACUCAAGUCACGUCCUUUGAGUUCCAACUUAUUAGAAAAACUUCAGAAAGAGUUGAAGAUCCUGGACCCAAUCUCUUCAGGAUUUCUUCUCCAAUCUCAGCUGAGCCGCCUCUUUUUGAAGCAUGAAGUCCCUCUACAGUUACCAACAGUCAAAAUCCUUUGUCAGAGAUUUUCUAAGAGGGGUUCUCCUGAAAUGGUGAGUUAUGAAAAGCUACUCUGGUUUUUAAACAGUGCAGCAUCAGAUUAUCCACAGCAAAACAAAGCAGCUGCAGACCUGAGAGAAACUGAGAGUCAUGGCACUCAUAGCCGAAGCACUCCACCUCAACACUCCAGCUCACAGCCAGAAGUGAACAGGAGUCUGUUGGAGAUUUUGAAGAUGGCACUAAGGACAACCAAUGGCAGACUCAACAUAGACAAUCUCAAUCUGAGUUUUCGAAAAGAAGAUCGCUCAUUCUCUGGCUGCCUUCCUCCACCUAAGGUCAGGGCUAUAUGUGGGAAGCAUGGAUUGUAUCUGACCCUGAGCCUGCUGGAAACAUUGCUUAACUAUCAAGAUUUGGGUUACCAAAAUGAAAUAAAAUGGCAGAAUUUUGUUGAGAUGCUGAGCACAGCUUCUUCUGAUUUGUUAUCUGAUUUGCCUACAGGGAAGAAUGAAAAGAAAGCCCCAGCCCCUCCAAUGGAGCCUGAAGUCCCUGAGAUGUCUCAAAGCAAAACUGAACAUAUGGAAACUCCAGAAGAGGAGCUGCAGCCAGAAAGCUCUCCUGCUGAAACUUCAGCCUACAAAGAUCCUCUGAAACCUUUAAAGAUCAGGCCAGUCUCCCAGCCCUUCGUGAAUCCAGCUGUGAAGAAUGAGGCUGAAGAAUGUGAGACGUGGAUAGACAGGUUCAGGAAGCUGGAAAAUGCCCUCUACCUGUGUGAUCUGAGUAACACAGGAGUUCUGGAGAAGGAACGAGCCAGACGCCUCAUUCACAACUACAAUCUCAUUUACAACCUGUCCCUGAGCCCUCGGAAAAUCGACCAGGCCUUGCGCAGAUUCCGUUUGGGGGAAAAUAUGCUCUUGGAGCCAGCACUGCGGUACUUAAAGGAGCUAUGA